GAGCUCACCUUCCACAUGUCCCAAUCAAGAAAAUAUUCAAGAUUUCCAGCUACUCUCAAUUUCUAUUCCAGUUCCAAAAUUCAAGAUGCUACACUAGUGAGUUUAUCAUUCAUCAAUCUAAAAAAAUUCUCAGAGUCAUUUUCGUCCAUGUUUUAGUAAAUGAUGGUGUAAAACAGAAUGGUGAGGACUUCAGUCCUUCAUCAGACUCCCUUGCUGAUACCUCAUGAAGAUCAUGCAAAAACCCCAGAAUUCAACUUCAACUUGAAGGAACAAGAAUGGAUUUAUAUGAUCAAGAAAAGCAACAAUAUGAAGGAAUUGAAGCAAGUCCAUGGCCAAAUCUUGAAACUUGGAUUAAUUUGUAGCUCUUUUUGUGCAGGCAAUCUUUUAGCUACUUGUGCACUUUCAGAAUGGGGCAGUAUGGACUAUGCUUGUUCAAUCUUCCGGGAAAUCAGUGAUCCAGGUUCAUUUGAAUACAAUACUGUAAUAAGGGGACAUGUUAAAGAUAUGAACUCAGAAGAAGCUCUACUUUGGUAUAUUCAUAUGAUUGAAGAUGAGGUUGAACCAGAUAAUUUCUCAUAUCCUGCACUUCUUAAGGUGUGUGCUCGAUUUCGGGCCCACAAACAAGGAAAACAGAUUCAUGGGCAAAUCUUCAAGUUUGGACAAGACGAUGAUGUGUUUGUGCAGAACAGUUUGAUCAAUAUGUAUGGAAAGUGUGGAGAAAUUAAGGAAUCUUGCAUUGUGUUUGAGCAAAUGGAUCAAAGGACUAUAGCUUCUUGGAGUGCCCUUAUUGCAGCUCAUGCAAAUUUGGGACUAUGGUCUGAGUGCCUCAAACUUUUUGGUGAAAUGAACUAUGAGGGAUGUUGGAGGGCAGAGGAAAGUACAUUAGUCAGUGUGAUUUCUGCUUGUACUCAUUUGGAUGCCCUUGAUUUUGGCAAAGCCACACAUGGAUAUCUUGCAAGGAACAUGAGUGGUCUCAACAAUAUAGUAGAGACUUCCUUAAUAGAUAUGUAUGUUAAAUGUGGAAGUCUGGACAAAGGGUUGUUUCUCUUCCAAAGAAUGGCAAACAAGAAUCAGAUGUCCUAUAGUGCCAUAAUCUCAGGGCUGGCGUUGCACGGGCGUGGAGAGGAAGCUCUAAGUAUCUACCAUGAAAUGCUCAAAGAAAGAUUGGAUCCAGAUGAUGUAGUUUAUGUAGGGGUUUUGAGUGCUUGUAGUCAUGCUGGACUGGUUGAACAAGGGCUAAAAUGUUUCGAUAGGAUGAGACUAGAGCAUCAGAUAGAACCAACGAUUCAGCAUUAUGGGUGCAUGGUUGAUCUCUUGGGACGAGCUGGUAGGCUCGAAGAGGCUUUGGAGCUCAUCAAGGGCAUGCCUAUGGAGCCAAACGACGUCUUGUGGAGAAGUCUGCUAAGUGCUUGCAGAGUUCAUCACAACGUUGAGUUGGGAGAAUUCGCAGCCGAGCAUCUCUUCCAGAUGAACUCAAGAAAUGCGAGUGAUUAUGUUAUGCUCUGCAAUAUGUAUGCACAAGCUCAAAUGUGGGAAAAGAAGGCUGUGACUCGGACCAAAAUGGCUAAUGAAGGGAUAAGUCAAGUUCCUGGCUCUUGCUUGGUUGAAAUAAACAGAAAGAUGUACAAGUUUGUGUCACAAGAUAGGUCACAUCCAUGCAGUGAAGAGGUCUAUGAGAUGCUUCACCAAAUGGAAUGGCAGCUGAAAUUUGAAGGGUAUUCGCCAGAUACAUCACUGGUUUGGUAUGAUGUAGAUGAAGAAGAGAAGAGGCAAAGAUUGAGCACUCAUAGUCAAAAGUUGGCAAUUGCAUUGGCACUUAUAAAAACAUCUCAGGGUUCUCCAAUAAGGAUAGUAAGAAAUGUCAGGAUGUGUAGUGAUUGUCACACAUACGCUAAACUAAUUUCCAUGAUUUACGAAAGAGACAUUGUUGUUAGGGACAGAAAUCGGUUCCACCAUUUCAAAGAUGGAACCUGCUCUUGUAAAGACUACUGGUGAAUACAUCUUCUUUUACCAUUAAAACUCCACAUUCUUUAUUUAUGAUCAUUUUUUGCUGCA